UGUCAGACAGAAAUAAAUAUUGCAAUCAAGCCCCACAAUCUCAAUCUCAACCUGAGCUCAUGUGUUGCUGAACCCAGCCUUUGCAGUGUGAAAUCCCAAAUCAAGACUCCUCACCUGUUUGACAUCACCUGACCAUUACCAUCCACCUCUGUGUAGCCAGGAUGUACAAGGAUUUUCACGCAGAGACAACAUUUUAAGAAUAAGGUUGGGAAACCCAGCUCUGUGGUGUGAAGAGUAAUUGAGGACGAGGGAUUAUUGACAGACUGGAGUGGUACUUUAAUCUGAGUGGCAUUAAACUGGAUCGGUUAUCUAUAAGGUUUGGAGCAACAGAACCACCAUCAAUAAUUUAGGAGAAGGUAAGUGAAAAUAAUUGAAGUAAUUUCCUUUUUUAAAAGUUAUCCUUGAAGACAUAUAUGUCACUAUGAAACUAUGACAUUUAGAAAUACUAAAAGAUACUUAAUAAAUUCAAUGACAACAUUGUUUUGGUUUGAAAGCAGGUACAGACACAAGUGGGUUGUGUGAAAUGUAUGCUUGUUGACAUCCUGUUAUUUUUAAAGGAAGGAAGUGCUGUACAUCACUUUAGACCAACACUGCAAUAAGGCAGGUGUAGUACCAGAAGGGGCAAGCGAUAAGGGACAAGAAACAGGUAUCAACUUUCUAAUUGAUUUCUCUGUUGCAUAUUUAUUUAUUUAUUGGAAUUUAGUAGCACAGAUACCUGUAUUUACUACUGAGCACGUUUUGUAUUUGGUAUGUACAAAUUCAAAAAUACUUUGUAACCCUCGGAAGCAUAGAGCGCCAGUGCUGCCAGUCAGAAUAGAUCAUGUUUUUCUCUAUGUAAUAAUAAUUACUAUAGGCUUUACACUGAUGAUAUUUAUGCAUAUUCUGCAAUUGCUUCUUUGGAUACUUCCUCUGCUUUGUUUGUUUUUGUUCCAGAAGUCUUGAAGAUUGGAAACCAGACUAUCCUGUUUCAAUGUCCUUGAAUAAUACCACGGACUGUUUCAUUGAGCAUGGCCUUGACCAGUUUGUGUUCCCCUUAGUGUAUAUUACUGUCAUUGUGAUAAGCAUUCCAGCAAACUCGUUAUCACUAUACGUGUCCUACAAACAUAUAAAAAGGGGAAAUGAGCUAGGCAUCUACCUCUUCAACUUAUCAAUGGCAGAUCUGCUUUACACGCUGACCUUGCCAUUAUGGGUGGAUUACUCUCUGCAACAUGACAACUGGAAGCAUGGGCCUCAUCUGUGUAGGUUGUGCAGCUUUCUGAUGUACACAAACUUUUAUACUAGUGCAGCCUUCCUGUGCUGCAUAUCAAUAGACAGAUACUUGGCGGUUGUUUAUCCGUUAAGAUUCUAUGUUUUGAGAAAAGUAAAAACUGCAAUUUACGUCAGCGGACUAAUCUGGGCUAUUGAAUUGUCAGGUAAUAUUAUUUUAUUGACUCAAAAUGACCACUCGGACCAUUUGCUCUGCUACGACAGAUAUCCUUUGGAAAAAUGGAAAGCUACGUUAAAUUGUGGGCGGUUCUUUAUAGGGUUCCUGCUGCCAGCAAUGCUGAUGAUAUUUUGCUGUCAAAGGAUUUACAAAGCUAUCAAAAGUAAUAUAGCCACCCAAGAUCAUGAUAAGAUAAAGAUUAAAAAGUUGCUCUUAAGCAUUGUGGUAGCUUUUUUAAUUUGCUUCACUCCUUACCAUAUCGUUAUGCUGAUUCGGAGCAUAACCGAGCCACAAAUGUGCGAAGUUGCCAAGAGACUGUUUGUGCCCUACAAAAUAACCAUGGCUCUAUCAAGCUUCAACUGCAUUGCUGACCCCUUUCUCUAUUCCUUUGUAAGUGAAAGUGCCAGAACAGACAUGCUCACUGCUGUCUUGAUUUUCAAGAAAAAGCCUAGACAAUCUGGUGGACUGAAUGAUGUAAAUGCAGCCCCAGCUGAAAAAGAAGGAUAGUUUGUUUACACGCUUUCAGUAAAGGAUGUUGUGAGAUGUCGUUUUUUUUUUAUUAUAUAUUGUGAAAUUUGAAAAAUACCAGUUGCUAUUUAGUUAUAUGCUUAUAUAGUUAUGUCCUUUAGAAUGGUUAGUUUAGUGUGAAUGGGUGAUUAACUGCUGUACGGUUUUCUUUUUUUCUAUAACCUGAAAGAUUUUUUUUUUUUUUGGGAAAAAUACUAGUGGCAUACCAAAAUAAUACCAGUGUAUUGCCCUGAAGAACCUCGGAAAACCAUUAGUAGAGUGCAUCAUUUCCAGCAAUGGCAGCACAAUGGACAUGGAACCAAUGUUUCACAGUUUCCACAGUUGGUUCAUACCAUUGUGAUGCCAUUAGUAUGUGACUAUAUUCAAUUGUAACAAAUGUGACUCCUUUUCACCAGUUACUCACACCAUUGUACUAUUGUUGCCCUUCAGGACAGAACCAUUGCAUUGCCAUUGUAGUGCUGCAUUGUCAUUGAAAAUAAUUGCUAAUAUAAGGGUAACACCACCAUGGCUAUAGCAGUGAUAUUAGUUUGAAUUGAAUUCCUGCCUUAUUGUUUUGCAUAUAUUGUUACACUGUCUGGUUGAACAUCUCACAUUUCACAUUUUGUUAAAACUGAAAUAUUAUACUUCUCUAAAAUAUUGUAAAUAUUUCCAGCAUGUACAUUGUGUUGAUCGCUGUAAUGCAAAACUGAUGUGGGCAAUUGACUUAGUUUUGCCUGUAUUAAAAAUAAAUAAUAUUUUCUGUA